AAAGUUUUUCGCGGCGCGUAUCCGAAAAUUUUCAAAAUUUUGAUUUUGCGUUUUCAGUUUUGAGAAACUUGAAUUCAAACUCUUUCUUUCUUUACAUUACCCUCAGAAAUUUCAAAGAACUUGUCUACUCUGAGUGAGAUGACCCAUCGAAAAAUCCCUUCUUCACAGAAACCAUUCAACAACGCUGCUUAAAUUGUUGUUACUAUGAGAGAGCAAAACGUUGAGUCGUUCUACGCUAAGCUUCGCCAAACCGCGCUAUCUUCUUCCUCUUCUCCGGUUCUCAUUUUCCCCUCAACCUCCGAUGUCGACUCUCUCUGCGCUCUGAAAAUCAUUUUUCACAUCCUCGAAUCCGAUUCCAUCCAAUACGCGUGCUACCCUGUGUCGUCUUUUCAUGAGAUCCACAAAUACACAAAUUCCUCCUCAAACGACGAGCCUCUCUCCGUCGUUUUGGUCAAUUGGGGCAACCACAGAGACCUCAGCAAUACCCUAAACCUCCCCUCCAACGCCCGCGUUUUCGUCGUCGACAGCCACCGCCCCAUCCACCUCCGCAACCUCAGCGACCAGAACGACGCCGUUGUGGUUCUCUUCACUAAAGAGGACGAGGGACAAUCCGAUCUUGCUUACGAUUUCGACCUCACCACACUCGCCAACGCCGCCACCACCGUCGAUUCUGAUUCCGAUUCCGAAUCUGAGUCCGAAUCGGAUUCGGAUUCCGACUCCGGCUCUGAAAGGACUGGAUCUAGAAAAAGGAGAAAGAAGAACCCUCAGGAUGAUGAUGAUGGUGAUGAUGAAGAUCCAAUUAAGCUCUACCGGAAGCUGAAGAAAGGCUAUUACAAAUUGGGGACGUUUCACGGGAAGCCCUCCGGGUGUUUGAUGUAUGAACUCGCUGACAAGCUCAGGAAGAACACCAACGAAUUGCUCUGGAUCGCGUGCAUUUCCCUCACGGAUCAGUUUGUGCACGAGAGAUUGAGUGACGAGAGGUACCAUGAUGGAGUCAUGGAGCUCGAGCAGCACAUAAACAGUUCUGGUAACCUGGAUGCGGUUACUUCGGUUACUCUCAAGGAUGGUACCAAGAUUCGUGCCCCGAAUUCUUUGCGGAUUACUUAUGAGGACCAGCCGAGGCUUAUGUUGUUGCAGGAGUGGAGCCUCUUUGACUCCAUGAUGUGCUCCUCGUACAUUGCCACCAAGUUGAAGACGUGGAGUGAGAACGGGAUAAAGAAGCUGAAGCUUCUGUUCGGGACAAUGGGGUUUGCUCUUGGUGAUUGCCAGCAGAAGUUUCAGCACAUGAAUUUGGAGGUUAAGCGCAAGAUGAAGAAGGAGUUUGAGAGGUUUUUGCCUGAGUAUGGGCUCACUGAUUUUUACUACAGGAGUUUCAUUAGGACUCUCAAGUAUAGUUCUAAGAUUUCUGCUGCGGAUGUGGUGUAUGGUGUGACUGCCUUGCUUGAGUCUUUUGUUAGAUCUGAUGGUUCUUGUGCUUCUAAGCAGUUUGGUGUGGCCUAUGAUGCGCUGUCUUUGAACAAUAUUGACAACUUGAGAACUGGGAUGCAUCAUGCCAUUAAAAUUCAGAGAGCAAUUUUAAGGCAAGGGAGUGCUGCAAUUACUAAGAAUGGGUGUAUAAGGAGUGGGAGGAGUUUCCGGUGGCUGAAGCUAGAGGAUUCAAAUGAUGCUACGCUGUUGGGGUACCCGCAGGCUUUGACUAAGUUCUGUUAUUUUAUCAUGGAUGCUUUGCGAGAGAAGGGGGCCAAAAUGAAGCCUUUGAUUUGUGCUUGUGUGUCUCAGGAGCCAGGGAAGGUGCUGAUUGUGGGGGUUUGUGGGAGGCCGCGUUUGGGUGGGGCUCAAGGCAAUGCGUUUGGGAUUGCGUUUAGGACUGCAGCAGAGGAGAUUGGAACUGAGUUCUUUCAUGAGUUAUUUGAAUCCUCAUGGAUUGUUCUGGAUGCUUCAGCUGUAAAUUCAUUCAUGGUUAGGUUGACCAAGAAGCUGUGACACUGCUGAAUUUCUGAUUAGAAUUGGUUCUCCAAGGAAGUGUUUUCUCUGACCACAGUGCCAUGCCUGAGAUUGAGAUUGCUAAUAAGUUAUGUGCAGUGGUUGAUGUUGCACCAAAACAUGACUCUUUUCCUAGUCAGUUGUAUUAUGGUUCAUAGCAUAUUCAUUUGACUUUUCUUGUUUUCCCAAAUAUGUUAGCUUGACACUUUCAUGUAAACUAAUGUUUUAAUUCCAAUUUGGAUGUAACGUUGAAUUGAAACAAUGAGAUCAUGGAUAAAGUUUGAAUAUCAAGUGCCUGAGUUUCAAUUA